AUGACGACCUUCGCACUAAAUAUGUACCUAUACUUACUGGAAGGAUCGAUUGUAUGCCUGUCGAACGGUGUACUGAUGUUGUGCAUUCUUGGAUCGAAAAAUAAUCGCAAAAGGAGGGAAUUUUUGCUAAUUAUCUCGCAAGCGGUUGCUGAUACUAUCUACGCCAUCGCAUUUAUGCUUAUUGCAGUACAUAGACUUAAACUUGAAGCAGCCGGAAUGCUACCGUACCUCGUAACUGGCGUUCUUCUUGUUGCCAACUACAUCAUGCUUUGGAACGAUGAAAUCCCCACAUCUGCCUUAUGUAUUGCGGCUAAUGGAGCAUCUCAUCCGAUUCCAUAUGGAAUUAUGCUGGGUAUACGAAUUAUAGCCAAUAUAGGCAGUGCAGCGGUGUAUCUAUCUAUUGUGAUCUACUUAAGUUCGACAACAAUGAACUUCCUUAUUUAUAUCAUGCGCUAUCGCGAAUUGCGCAGUAUCCUGAUCCGUAGUGUUUUCGGACGGAUUCCUAUUGUUAAGUACAGACUAUCUGAUUCGAGUUCUGCAAAGAAACCCACACCGGGAAGACAAUCGCAGGUAGCAUCGGAGCUGACAACGCAACGUCGUAUGGCUCCAGGAUUUUUGCGAGGAUCGGAAAGUAGUGAGACACAACGGAAACAGGACCGACAACCGAUAAGACUACCUCCUCUCAGAACCGAGCCGAAGAAUAGAGAAUCACAAAGUUAG